AUGUCGAUUCACGCUGCACUUCCGCUUAGCCCUCCGUCAACAUCCUCCCGCCGCAAAAUAGCUCUUAUGAGCUCUUCUGUCCAGGGGACAAGUCCUGCAAGCUCUUCAGCAUCGUUUCCGGGCUCCUCCCAUACCGGAAGCCGGAAACGCGUCGGGUUUUCGACGGGUGCAGACAUCCAUAGGCCUGUUUCCACGAGUCAGCCUCCUUCAAGUGGUGCCAGACCACCGUUCACCUCUUCAGACUCUCAGUCGAGCCUAAGAUCGAUCCUCAAACCAGUUACAAUCUUGGAGGAGACUGCACAGACAAGACAUGGGUUGCAGGAUGGCAACCGUUCAAUGGUUGCAAUGAUGGACAGCUUCAUUGAACAGUUGUCCCACGAUGACAGAUCACUCUCCCUCGACGCAUAUCAGACGCUUGCCAAUGUCAUCAGGAACUACGAAGACAUCCCGGACGAAGAUGUGCUCAAGGCGAAGAUCAACACCUUUAUGAAAUACAUCAAACGAGACCUGCUCAGGAAACUCUCCCCAGAAGAACCGCCGAUUGCUGACACGAAUCUCAUCACACAAGCAUUGAGACUACUCAUCAUAUUUGUUUGGAACAAGGACUAUGCCUCUCUACUAUCGGAUGAUGCCCGUACCUUCGUCCUCGAUCGGUCAAUCCAAGUGCUUGCGGAGCAUACUGCGUCAAAGAAUGUCAUCGUCCACUACCUUCAUCUCCUUGCGGCGCAAAACUUUCGCCAGACCCUAAUUACCAGCCACCGCGUUGCGAGACUUCUCGAAGCAUUGAGAGCACUUAGCGAGCAUUACAAGGGGAAUGGAGUCAUUUCUGAGAGGCUGCUCGUCUACCAGAAACUCCUUGACCAGGAGCGACCCACGAUGAAGGCGAAGGCGAACAUCUGGGUGGACGAGCUACUCACUGGCGCGACCAACAGCCUAAAGGACAUCAGAAUGAAGGCCAUCGACCUUGGUGAAAAGGCCUGCUCAGCGUUUCCCGCAUCUUCAUCAAUUUCUUCUGUCAUCAGAUCUACACUCGCCAGAGAACUUGCAUCCGGAAAGACAUUCAGCUCCAGCAUGUGUCGAAAACUGGAGAAGAUGAUUGCAGUAAAAGAAGAGGGCGUCCAAGUCCCGCGGAUAUGGACUAUCGUCCUAAGGCUCUGCAAUAAUGUCGAUGACCGUGGCCGCAAUGGCUGGGGCCCGCGUUGCGACAAGUGGGCUCAAUUCAAAGAUUGGUUGAGUGUCAUACAAAAAUGCUUCAACUGCAGUGAAUCGACUAUCCAGCAACAGGCGUACCAGGCUUGGAAUCGGUUCAUACACAUUGUCCAACCUCAUCUAGCAUCCGACAACCUGUUGCAAUUGUUGCCAAAGCCUAUGACUGCUAAAUUAGAGCGGCAUGGAGGGGAGGCGGCAACCAAAGGCACUCGCGUGGCGGCGGUGUCAAGUUACUGCACCCUACUUUAUCAUGCUUUCAGACCAGCGGCAAAUCACCAUCAGUAUACUCGGGUAUGGAACGAAUAUAUUGUGAAGGUCAUGAAGUCCGCAUUUUUUGAAAGAGGCACCGCCAACUCCGACCUUGCAAGUCGUAUCGUGAUGGCGUUGUUUUGGAAUCCUGGACGCGCGAAGAUCUGGAACGAGAAUCGCGCCCUCGAGAACACCCCGGUCGAGCCAGAAGAGCUGCCUACAAUCGAUUGCAAGUGGGUACGUUCGAAAGCAAGACCGAUCCUCGACAUUUUCCUAGUGCUGAUGCGCUACAGCUCUUGGGGAGCUUCAGGGCAGUCUGACAAGGCAUACAUCGCCGUGGCUUGGCUGCAUUUCCUCAAAGCUGUGCAAGAAGCGGGUCGAAAAGAGAUCAAGCCCUCUGCUGAGACUGUGGAGGCCAUGGUUCAUGUGAACGCUUUCCUCGGGCGUUUAUACCUAGACGUAACCCACCCCAGCGUAGGCGACGGUCGACCAACAGGGCCACAUACGCUCCGGAUUGGUCAAGUACGCCAGCUGACUGUGACGGCUGUUAGGCUACUGGGCCACGAUCUGAUAAUGGCUGGUCUUGAAGACAAAGGUCAUUGCCUGAGUAACGCCUUGGUUAUUUAUGACUCCCUGCAAUUCCAUCUUCUGGAGCAACAGCAAAGUGAUGAAUCAAGCACGACGAGCUUAGAAACAUGCCUCAAGUCUCUGGACGCAGCAUUGGUCCACGGCUUCAAUUCCGAAACGACUUCUGGGACAAAUAUAAGCAUCAGCCAGCUGCAAAAGAGGCUGGAAGGAUCAUCUGUCAGACAGAUUGUCCACACCUUGACUCUGCUCAAGCGGCCCACUGUGUUGAUUUUAAAACAAGGUAUCUCAAGUUGGCAGGACAAAGAUCAACACGAACCCAGUCGGCGGUAUCCAGAGAUCGUCAAAGCUACGUUGACUCUUCUGGCCAGACUGCCUGUCGAGGCUGUCGGUGAGUUGGAGGAGACCUUUUCGGCUCUGCUCAGUAGCCGUCAUAAUCUUGUGGUCCAGGACACGGUCGAUAUGUGGAAUCAGCGAUUUGGGAAGCUUCCCUCGCUAAGUCUUGGUCCUAUAUUAUCAGAGGCUAUAAGCAAGCUACGGGACGCUGGCGUUGAGAUCACUGUCCCAAGCAAACCGCACAUCCGAAACGACGCAGCUAAGCAACACAUGUCGCCACAAGCUGCGCCAGCAGAGGACCUUGACACGACUUCCAGGCAUAUGUCGACGAGCCCAACAGCGGCAAUAAGAGGCGCCGAUCGAUCCCCAGAAUUGGGUAGUCAACAUUUUCACAGUGUUGCACGAGAGGAAAGCCCCGUGAUGGGCUCAAGUCCUCGCCAACAAUCUUUGCGGCCACGCUCGAGGCACGAUGAUUCUCAGGUUUACUUCGUGCCAAUCGAGUCAUCCCCUCUUCCACAGGAAGAAACAGAGUCCCAGUCCUUGACUACACACCAAAAGGAAGUCCGCGACCAACAGCGUUCGGAGCCUGCUCUUGUGUUCCCGGACCUGAGAUCGAGCCCGAGGCCGCAUACUAGAUCAAUCACCCACACUGACUGCGAAUUCGCACGAAAGGCAGCUUCUCAGGCAGAACGCCCCUCAACACCGACCCUGCCAACUAACGAGGAACAAAACGGGACUGAGUUGAUGGCCUCUCCCACACCUCGUGCGCGACACUUUACCAAUCUAAUUCCUGAUAUUGAGGUACCUUCAUCGCCGCCUUCGAUGGUGGGCAAUGAUGAUCGGACCGAUGUCAAUUCUUCUCCGCUUCUUGCCGUCGAAGGUGAUGCUGGAGACAGAAUUGAUCUCGCGAUUGAGCAGAUUGAGGGGGCAGACGAGCACGGUGCAGUAGAGCUACAUCCUUCUGCGGCAAUAGAAACUGUUGCGCUCAAAGCUGCAGCCUCCCUCGGACAAGAAGCAUUGGUCACCGAUAUCGCGGAUGCUGGCGCCGGAGGGAGCAUCGAAUUUUUCCAAGACCCCCAGGCAGAAGAGCGCACGGGCUCGAUGGGGGCUGGUGAGUCGAAAGGGGAGGCUAGUAACGCAAGGCGCCGAAGAAAUCAGCCAAAGAAGCACGCGACUCGUGGAGAUGAUGUUGCUGCGUUAUCCUCUAGUGGGAGAGUGAGGCGUGGAAGAUCCCGUCUUCGCCUCUCAAAAUCUCCCGCACAACAAAUCGGUCGUCGCGCAGUCGGGGUAACCUCCAGUACUGAAGUGCAAAGUUCCAGUCCUCCACCGCACCAGGAUUGUGAAGAUAGCCAUCUUGAAAAGGAUGCGGCCCCAGCCUACGCAACGGUAUCUCCCUCAUUGAGACCAAUUACGAUCAACUUGGCAUCAGACAGCACGACAUCGGAGGAAGCAGAGCAAAGGGAAGCAAGCCCGACGAAGCCUGUCGCAACGGACAGCGACGAGAUUGAUAUUCUUAGUGCUUCGCAAUUGUCUCAUGACCUCGAUCUGCAUGUCAGCCAGACGGCUGGUGCCGGCUCCUAUGGGGAAGAAGGGACGGAUGAAGCAUCAAGAUGGAAAAAGCAGAAAUCUCGCAAGCGCAAAUCAAGCACAUUGAAUCUGGCUGCAGCCAAGCGCAGGAAAUCAUCAAAAUCAUCCUCCCAGAAUUCGUCGACUUCAAGAGACGCAGAAAUGGCUGCGGAUGAGAUUCCCGGAGAGAUUCUUGAUUGCGUUGAGGUUUCACCCUCACCGGAGGAUCAAGCUAUUGCCUCAGUACAGCUCAGCGAGUCGGCACUGACACCUAGACGUCGACGAGGCCGGCCACGGAAACGGACUCUGAUCGAGGUCAUCGUGCCGGAGACGUCGCUAGUCAAGCAGGAGAAGGUGGAUAUCACCGGAGUUUCUGCUGCUUCAUCAGUGCAGGAUGAGCAGAAAGAGGUUCUUCACACCCUCGAUCAGGAAGCUGAAAUCCAUGGAGCAACAAGUACAAUGGUGACCGACGCUAUGGAGUUGACUACGACUGGCGGCGUCGCAGAAUCCGCACCGCGAGAACGAAGCUGUCCGUCUGACAUCGCGGCUUCACUUCAACACGUCCUGGAUCGUCUCAAAUCCGCCGACCCGACGGAUAUCGACUUAAGGCGGGUGGAUGACUUGUGCUUCCAGAUCCGGUUCCAAGCCCAAUUCAUCGCCCAACAGCAGAUGCUUAACGGAGAUUUACCCAGACUCUAG